GACGCGGAUUUCCCGGUUUGAUCAGUGAAAGCGUGCUAAACUGGAAGUGCGUGAUGGAUGCGCUGUGCGCAGACACUCUAAAUAUGGAGUGUUUGUCCUCCUUACAGAGUUUGACGAAGGCUUUAAGAGAUGAGCAGUUCAGGUGUGGUGUAAAGGCCGAGAUCCUGCACAGUCUCUCUGCUCUUUUACUGAGACUGUCUGAUAAGCUUCAGGAGGAUCAAGAGGCAGUAAAAACACCACUGUGUGUCCAGCUUACUGCUGAGUGCUUCCGGGCUCAAAGAAAUGCCUGUGUGCAGUGUCUUCGCAACCAGUGCAUUCUACGGGAUCAGGGAUGUAUCCAGGUAUCCCUAGGGAUUCUGGGAAAGUUGCUUAAGCUUACAUCAGGAGCAUCUGAUGAUCGUCUUGAUGCACUACGAUGUGGAAUUCAGUUUCUCGGCAAUGCCGCAGUUGGGAACCAACUAUGCAAAGAUGACAUUUGGGCCUGUGGUUUUCCACACAUGUUUUUGGAUUUUUUGAAACUGGAUGAUGAAAAGGCUGUGGCGUAUAUGUGCAUGGUGAUAUUCACCUGUCUGGAUGUAGAGAAGACAGAGCAGCUGGGCUUGGAUCCGAUCAAGUUGAAAGUGGCGUUGAAGAUCACGGAGCUGUGUCGGACACUGCCUGACAUCGAUUGGACAGUACUGAUUGUGACGCAACAUUUCUUCAAAUCCUCUGCGCUCACUGAGAAGAUGUAUGCAGUGAUGAGUGAUCAUGAAAGGCUUACCUUACUGGAGCUUGUAAUGGCCCAUCUUGGAGAAAAUAAAGAGGAAGAGUGUGUGAUUCCUCUUAAAACAGCUCAGUUCUUUGCAUUGUCCUUCCAGCACAGCUGCAGGGCUGUUCUCUCUCUUAGCUCAGUCUCAUCAGCUGAUGAGCAGGCUUUGGCAGUGAUCAGGCUCCUGGAUAUUCUCUGUGACAUGACGUCUGGACAGAUGAAAUUUAUGGCUCUGCAGGAUCACCCAGACCUUCUCCAGACAACAAUUGAGCUCCUGAAGGAAGUGCAUUUUCUAGGGAAGGCCAGUAAAAAUGUGUUCAGUGCAGCGCAGGAUUUUUGUCUCACGCCAGCAGGUGAAGCAAGCACACACCCUGCUCUCAGCUUUAAAGCCCACCUCAUCCGGCUGAUUGGGAACCUGUGCCAUGAACAUACAGCCAACCAGAAUCAGGUCAGAGAACUGGACGGUAUAGCCCUCACCCUGGACAACUGCAGUAUAGACAGUAACAAUCCCUUCAUAAGCCAAUGGGCUGUGUUUGCCAUCCGGAACAUUCUGGAGCACAAUGUGGAGAACCAGAAGCUGGUGCAAUGCUUAAGGAGGCAGGGGGUAGCAGAUGACUCCAUGAUCAGAGAGUUGGGCUUCUGUGUACAAGAGAGAGAUGGCAACCUGCUCCUCCGACCUCUCAAAAAGGAGAAAGAGCAGAGAGAGCACUAAACCUGGAGCCCUCUCAUUUCAUCCACUCCUCUGUACUCAACAUCACAUUCUGCAGACAGCUUAAGACACCCACAGAGACCGUUGUGCACACAGAAAACACAGAGUGCAUUUUAAUAUCCAAUCAGUAUUUAGAACUCAAGGGGGCAGGGAAGCGGAGACAGAGAGGGGUGGUGGGGGGUUACUUUGCUUUGUACUCUUUGCAUAAGGGGAACACUAUGGGUUUUUUCUGCAGGGACUCAUGCUGAUGCCUGUGAUGCAUUUAGUGGCCUUUGAUUCUAGCUCCCACUGAAUAGGAUUCAAAUCCUCUGAAACAAGGAGACCCAUGUCUUCCUGGCUUUUCAGCCACCAAAGAAACACUAGUGACCAGUGGGGAACAGAGGUUAAUCUCUAAUCCAGUGAGGUUUAUGGAGACCUGGGGCCCUCCUGAUCCGUUCACAUGAGGGUUUCCUCUCAAUAACCGUGGGACUUGGGUCCCUGUUUUUUUGUGUUUUGUGUGUUGGUUUUCCACUUUGGGAAUGCAAGGCCAUGUAGUCCAUGGUCUGUUUUUCUCUUCUACAGUUAAAAGAAUAGUCACUUAUCAAUAUUAUAAUCACUAGUCUUCCACUCCAAUUGUGGUUCAAAACAAUUUUUUUUUACAAAAAAAACACCAGCUGCUCCUUUAGCAGUGCUCAUCUAUACUUAGCGGUUAUGACUUAUCUGAUCAUCUUACAUUCUUAGCUAGCCCAUCAUGUCCUCAGACACGGACCAAAGUUUUGGCCCAAGUAUAUUGCACUAAGGUCAAUCAGACCAUAAGUGUUAUUUUGUGUGAUGGAUUGACACCUCGGCCCUCACUUACUCUGACUAAAUGAACUGAGUGUUCCUGACACCUGCAUAAUACCCGGCUGCGGAGGCCUCCCCUCACCCUGCGCCACCCUGUUUGCUCUGCCUCAUAUUUUUUAAUGACAAAAUGUUUGUGUGAAACAGUUGAGGUUGACUUUUCUCCCAAUCCAGGCUAUAGUGUAGGGAGCUUAUGGGGUUCCGGUAGCCAGCGGUUCAGACGGCUAACAAAACACGACUGCUUUACUUCUGCUCCGUUGGCUGCCUGUAAUGCUUUUCACACAGGAAAAGAGCGCUGAGCGAGGGAAUGAGGCGGCGUGGACAGCUAUUCAAAUCCUUGUUGGGCAGGACUGGGCGGAGAGCAGUGUCAUGCCACGCCAGCAACAAUCACACAUCACUCAACUGCAGUCAAUUUGGAAAAUGGUACAUAAAGUUUAUCUGAUUUAAUCUUUUUAAUAUCUAAACAAUGAUUUCUGGUUUUGUUUUCAACCACACAGUGAGUGCACAGCGAUGUUCACUGAAAUGAAUUCAUUUAUUAACCUAAUAACAUUGCUGCAAUACUACUAUGUUUAAACCAAACUACAAAACGAUGAGAUGGAUUCAUGUCAAAGUAGAUAUUUUUUAAAAAGAAAUGGGCUGCUGUGGAAAGAACAAACAGUGUACAUCAUUAAUUUGGGACAAAGGUCAGCAUAAUUCAUGGUUCAAAUCAUAAAGAAACAAGGAUAAUAUAUAAUAAGGAACAUAGUAAUAAUUACUCUUUUUCUGAAUAUACAUGAUAUAAAGUGCCAGAUUUUCUGUGUAAAAAAAUAUACUUUCUCAAAUUUGCCAGUCCUUAACCUUGCAUAAACAAUUUUGAAUAAAAGAAUGUUGCUACCCAUGAA